CUGUGAGAGAUUUUCUUUCAUGUCUUUGUGUGAGGAACGAUAUCCCGCAAAGUGUAAAAUACGGAACGGUUUUCUUUAGUGAUCCCAAUGGAAAUCCUGCUUCCAUUUUGAUUUGUGAGCUGGAGGUUUGAGGUGCACCACGAGUGAGGUGAUCUUGAAGCUGCAGGGACCUGCCGAUGGCCGGCUCCGGGUUAAUGGCCCGCCUCCCUCUGCACGUCCCGCCUCCUCCAUGGGGAAAGCUGCUGUUCUUGUGCCCCCUGCCUGCGGGCGGCUGGCCUACGAUCGUCCUCGCUGGUCACUGCCCGCUCCGGCCUCCCGCUCCCACACGAUGAGUGAGCCGCUGCGAGAGGCCUCCGGGCCGGCGCCGCCUCUGCUCUCUCCGCCCGCCAGCAGCGACACUCACAAAGGCUGGCUGCACAAAUGGACAAACUACCUGAAGGGUUACCAGCGCCGCUGGUUCGUGCUGAGUAACGGGCUCCUCUCCUAUUACAGCAGCACCUGCUCACCAUCAUGCAGCGGCCUUCAUCCAGGAGGGGGGCCGAUGGGAGGCACACUUGCAAUGGGGACCCAGGCAGAGAUGGGGCACACGUGCAGAGGAACGAUUAACUUGGCAACCACCCACAUCGACAUUGAGGACUCCUGCACCUUUGUGCUGUCAGAUAGUGGACGCACAUACCACCUGAAAGCAAGCUCUGAGGUGGAGCGGCAACACUGGGUGACAGCACUUGAACUGGCCAAAUCCAAAGCUAUUCGGAUGAUGAACAAUCAGUCAGAUGACUCAGGUGACGAGGAACCAACUUCGCAGUCCGAUAAGAGUGAGCUGCACACCACCUUGAGGACCCUAGCCAGCAAGCUUGACGACCUGAGCCAGUGCAAUGAACUCAUCUCGAAGCACGGGGCAGCCCUUCAGAGGUCUCUGAGUGAGCUUGAGAACUUAAAGUUACCAGAUGAGAACGGAGAAAAAAUUAAAACAGUCAAUGAGCGAGCAACCCUCUUCCGCAUCACCUCCAAUGCUAUGAUCAAUGCCUGCCGUGAUUUUCUGGAUUUAGCAGAGACCCACAGUCGCAAAUGGCAGCGUGCUUUGCAGUACGAGCGUGAGCAGCGCAUCCGCCUGGAGGAGACCAUUGAACAACUAGCCAAGCAGCACAACAGCUUGGAGCGUGCCUGCCGUGGAGCACCUGCACUGCCAACAAGCUCCACAGAGGUUUCCAGCGCUAGUAAAGGGAGCUGGACCAGUUCUUGGCUGGGGCAGAGAUCACAUCCUAUAAAAGCGAGAGUGCGUCACGUGAAAGGGGAAACUAGUGAUGAAGAUGAGGAGACUGAAUAUUUCGAUGCCAUGGAGAAUGCACCAGAAUUUAUUACAGUAACCACCGAUCCCACAAAGCACAGGCGUACAGGAAGUAAUAUCAGUGGAACCAGCAGUGAUCAGACUGAAACCUGGAACCUGGAUGACCAUGUUUUUGAGUGUCAGCACCAAGCUUCCUUCAGUGCAUCAACAAGAGGAGAGGCAAAGCCUUACAGAAAGAGGCGGAAUCAAAUCCCAGACAAGCCCAACUACAGCAUUAACCUUUGGAGCAUAAUGAAAAACUGCAUUGGGAAGGAGCUGUCGAAGAUUCCCAUGCCUGUUAACUUCAAUGAGCCUUUAUCAAUGCUUCAGAGACUAACUGAAGACUUGGAGUAUCACGAAUUAUUAGACAAGGCAGCUAGAUGUGAAAAUCCUGCAGAGCAGAUGUGCUAUGUGGCUGCAUUCUCUGUGUCUUCCUAUUCAACAACUACACAUCGCACGGCCAAGCCUUUUAAUCCUCUGCUUGGGGAGACGUUUGAGCUGGACCGGCUAGAAGAGAGCGGCUUCCGCUCACUGUGUGAGCAGGUGAGCCACCAUCCCCCUGCUGCUGCCCACCAUGUUUAUUCGAAAUACGGCUGGACUCUAUGGCAGGAAAUCACCAUUGCGAGCAAAUUCCGUGGGAAGUACCUCUCCAUCAUGCCUCUAGGUGCUAUCCACUUACAGUUCAACUCUGGGGGUCACCACUAUAUGUGGAGGAAGGUCACUUCCACAGUGCACAACAUCAUCGUGGGCAAACUAUGGAUUGACCAGUCAGGCGAGAUCGAAAUCAUAAAUAACGAGACGAAGGACAAGUGUCAACUCAAAUUCAGUCCCUACAGCUACUUCUCGCGGGAAUGUGCCAGAAAGGUGACAGGUGUAGUGACAGACUCCGAAGGCAGAGCCACUUACAUCUUGUCGGGGACAUGGGAUGAGAAGAUGGAAUUUGCAAAAGUCGUGGAGAGCAGUCAAGAUGGGACCAGCUGCGAGGGCAAACAGAAAACAGUCUACCAGACUCUGCCGCCCAAAGUGCUGUGGAGGAAGUAUGCACUUCCAGAAAAUGCAGAAAACAUGUACUACUUUUCUGAACUGGCAUUGACCCUGAAUGAAAUGGAGAGCGGAACUGCUCCAACUGACAGUCGCUUGCGACCAGAUCAACGUCUGAUGGAGAAUGGUGAUUGGGAGGAGGCGAACGUGGAAAAGCAGCGAUUGGAGGAGAAGCAGAGAGCCGUGCGGCGCUUGAGAGAGGCAGAGGCCGCCACAGCUGCGGAGGAAGGCAGCGAGUAUGAACCCUACCAACCAAUAUGGUUUGAGAAGAAAGAGGACCCCAUCAGUGGAGAGGACAUGUUUGUUUACAAAGGUGGCUACUGGGAGUGCAAGGACACCCAGGACUGGAAGAUGUGCCCAGAUAUCUUCUGAGCACCGUUGACCUGGGCCCAGUGGACUUCAGAGUCUCCCUGCUCACCUGAGGGAGAGGAAAGGAGUGCUGCAACCCUCCACUGCAGAACUCAAAACAGUGGAAACACAGGGCAGCUUUCUGGUACAGACAACGUUAAUGCAAAAGAGCACCAUGGAUACACACUGCAGAAGAGCUACAGACAGCUGUUAGGUUAAGUGUCCGGGAAGUACUGCAAAAGCUGUGGUUUGUUUAGGGAUUGGGCAUGAGCACCAGUACUUUAACAAUCAAAUCCCCCUCCCCAAAAAAAAUGCCAAAGUGUUACAUGUGAUCCAUAUAUUUGGGCACAAAGGAGAUGAUCAUUCAUUAUCACAUUACCCUAACCAGAGAUUUUUUUUUGUCCACUGUUUAAAUCAAAUGAACAGCGCCAACCAGUUGGCUAAGGAAUUUUAUUGCACUCAUCCUGUAUCAGAAGGCAGGUUGGGCUUGUUCAGUCCUGAUGACUUUGGCAUCAAGGAUGGCAGCACUUGUAAAAGCAAGUGGUUCUGACAUAAAAUGGAUCAGCAGCCAAGAGGGAAAGGGCAUUCCACCAGGCUUUCUCGGACUAGGAAUGGAGGGUGAAGUGUAGAUCAUACCAGUGUAAAUGUUGUCCCAUGUCAUAACCUUGUCUAGUUUGAGUAAGUAGUCUUUCAGAUCUGCUUAGAACCUCAUUGUCAUGCUUCUGGGACUUUGUUGCAUAAUUGCAUUAGGCAGGCAGCAAAUCACAUUACAAGCAGCAAAUUUAAGAGAUUUGAACAGAUUGUCACACUGCAUUACUUAGCCUAACUUAUCAUCCAACUUAUCAUCCUACUUCAGCAGCUUGAGCAGAUCAGCCCCACUUUCUGUCCAACUUCCCAACACAAUCAGCUGGGUCACUGACUUAACAGGUUGCUGUCUUGCUGCUGGUAAACUGAACCAUUUCAGAUCAGCAUUUCAUUUUAAGUGUUAAGCCUGCUGCCUGGCAACUUGAUAUCACCCCCUUCUAAUCCAUAGGACUGGAUAAAGCAUGGCUGCCAAGAUUUACAGCACAGUGUGGUGACGAAACCAUGAGCUUGAGUUCUGAGCAUGGUCUGGAUCUCUGUCUCAUUUCUUGCUGUUCUGAUACUGGGCCCUUUAAUUGUCAAAUUAGUUUCUAAGUGGCUAUUAAAGAAUGUGCCUUCUAAGAGCAGGUACAACCUCUUUGUAAAAACUAGCUAUUUAGCAUACUGCAGAAAGUGUUCCCAGGACUGGUGAGACUACAUGGCGGGCUGUACUUUUGGGAGGACAUGUUCCCUAGCAUCCUCCUACCAUUGCGGGUAGAGAUCAUGGAAUAGCCUCUUGGAACCAGCUUGGGUGGGGUUCAGAACGUGAUCUUUCAGACCUGGUUCACUUGUGGGUUAUUUUUCUGUAAAUCAUGUUUCUUGUGUUUAUAUCACAACUUAAUGUGAUGUAUGAUUCAAGGCCGAGUCAUGGCUGGGGACUGGAUGUAAGGCUGGUGCAUUGUCUAAUGUAAAAUGGAAGUAAUCUCUGACCUUGGAGUGGAUGCUUGUGGAUCACACAGGGAUCGCAAGGCACCCUCUCACUGUGCCAGUGCGGACCAACAGAGUGCUGUGCUGACAGUGAGGUGGGUUUGCAUCAGAAGAGCAGGAACACGAAACACGCAAUCUCCAAAUAGGAAAUAGAGCUACUUGGAAAACCGAGCACUUCUCUCCUGAAAGUGACUGUCAGACACUCCGAUAACCUCGCAGAAUGCUGCACAGACACCAGUUUCCCAAUUCAGUGUUCAUUUCCUCAGUUUCCCCACCUGCCACAUUUCCCAACUUAUGGCCAAAUCUGUUGAAUAAAGUGCUAACACUGUUUAGAUCCAUAGGAACCUAGUGUCCAACAAGAGCCCUGCAGGUUGGCUGAUAGCAGCCUCUGAUGCAUUCAAGGGCUGCUGACAGAAUACCAGCCAGAAACCAAUGAAAUGGUCAGUGCAAUCUGUAAUUCUUUGUUCAGCUCCCAAACAGUUCAGGCCUAUUGUUUGUUAUUGCAGAGAGUGGCAGUGAAGAGUAAGGCUGUGUACACAAGCUUCCUUGGAUUGGAUUACCCUUCAGAGGUAUCAGCUAAUUGGGGUACUACUCUUGGAAUAUGAACAGCAUGUGACUAAAAAAGAUCACAUAUAUUUAGGUGAAGAGUUCUCUUUGUCCAAUUAGUUUGCACCCUUUAGAAAUGCCAUCCACACUGCUCUCCCCACCCCCAUAAUAUUCAUAAAUGUCUCCGCUAAAGGCCAGUGUGUUCCAACACUGGACAAAGCUCCUGUUUACUGAACCUUGUGCUUAUUCAACAGUGCAGUCUUUGCACCUCCUAGUGAGCGAGUCCUUGUUGGAUCACUAUUACAUAGGCCGGAGGAUAAGGAGUGGCAUAGUAACUUUACUUCUCGGCUCCCAAUCUGAUAUGCGGGGAUGGCAGAAUCUACUGAGGAAGACGUUUGGAGAAUUGAUGUCAAGUACCCAUUCAGAGCUGGGUUCCAGUGCUGCAGUAGGAGCCAGCUAUUUGUUGGCUCAGAAAUUCCUGUGGAAGAGAGAACUUGCCCAAAUUAGCUGAUUGAUCUUGUGAUUCCAGUGUUUCUGUGUUUGGUACGAAAAGCCUGUUGGGGAUGUGGUACUGGUGACAUUCAUGAAUUGUAGCUGCAGCUUUUACUAUUACAGACAGGGCUCUUACAUUGUGUGAAAUCCCUUAUUAGAAUGUCACAUGCAGACAUAUAAACUGUCUCCUUCCAGCAGUUCAGAUGUUUUUAACAGGACAGAGGAGGGAGACUAAUAGGUCUGUGGCUGCCUCAGUAUAACGUUCAAGAUUGGCAAUUUUAUAAAGGGUAAUGCUGAACAGUUUAAAUUUAAUUAUUGCAAUUCUGUUUCUCUAAUCAUGUGUCCAAGCAUUAAUUUUCCUUCUGGAUUGACAUCUCAGGCGGGGAACUAAGAUUAGUAAGAUGUGUGUGGGAUUCAAAAUCUCUUCAGACAUUCCUAUUAGUUCCUCUCCAUGAGCUGUCCAUUCCACUGUCAGUGAUAGAACUUUCUGACAGUUUCAGCCCUACUUCUAGAUUACUUUUCCCUCUUCCCACUAACUACCACCUCACCAAAAUAGCUUAUACAAACAUACACACUUGACUAUGUCUCUGAAUUCCUCACUUGUUCUCUGUUCUCGCUUACCCUAAACACUGCCAACCUGUCUCUUCAACUUAGCAUCUGUUUGUUGUACUCUUGAAAGCACUUUUUUUCUACCUUGAAGGCACUUUAUUAGUGGUGGUGUGUUGUUUGUUGUAAUUGAAAGCUCUUAGUUAGAGCAUUUAGCUAAUUUAACACAAGCAGGAGGUCAGCCCUUGGCCCUUCUACAAGCUGUUUGAACCACAGCAAAUACAAAUACUUCCAAACACGGUGUCUUCUGAAAUAGUUUAGACCCAGCGUUAACCUGACCUUUCCUCACAAAUCCCAAACAGUUUCCUAACUCAGUCGAUCUAUUAUACUAGUCACAAUUUACAAAGACUAAAUGAAGCACACCGGAGACUUACCUGCUGGUUUCUAGAUGAACUGCUGAAAAUGUGCAAAUGACUUGAUAAUCUCUGCUGUGCUGAACAAUUGGAUAGUUUUCAUGAAGCCAUUCCCCAAUGAAUCUGAGUGCACAGUAGGACCAACUCCCAGAGCUGUUUCCCCUGUUGAAUCAGGUGCUUAUGCCCUCUGUGCAUUAUGUAUACAGUUGAAUCCUAAUAUACGCUUACAUCCAGGGAUGGCUGGAACACAAACACUUCUUCCAUGAUCACGUUUCCUUGUAAGGGUAGAGUGCAUUUGGACUGUGAUGUGACCUGCAGUUUUCCAGACAGUACCUCUUGCUGGUAGCUCAGCUGAUUGAUUUGAAGAGUUGAAUGGAGAGCAGAUGUCUCCAGCCAGUGAUGAGGGAAAGUCAGAGAGGGAUGUGUCCCCUUCUGCUACUUGGUCCCAUAUCCAGCUGAGAACUUCAGAGGCAGUGUCAGGCCUUGGAGGAGAGGACUAUGUUCCUCCCUUUGUGACUGGGGAAUCUGUGAUUCAUUUCUGCAAUCUUUCACAGAACCUUCAAACUUGCAGCUAAGAAACUGCAAUUUCAAACAAGGUAGCCCCUUUUAAUAUUCCUCAGUUUGUAAUAAGUAAAGUCGAACUAUCCCUUACUAAUGGGGACAGACUCUGAUUCAAUAAUUGGCAAAUAUGUAUAUCUGGAUUUCACUGUACCCAUAGCACUUUAUAUCCCUUUCAGUGGCAGGAUUUGAUCUGUAAUAAAUUGUUCUGAAUCGAACUUGCCACAGCACAAGCAUAACUUGUUACUUCUGAUUGAUUGCUAGAGUGUUGGAAGCAUUAUCUUGCUGGCACCUGUUGUGAAUAUCUUCUGGGGCAGAAAAGGACCCAAAUAGACCAUGUGUGUAUAUAUUUACAUUAUUUAAACAGGUUAGAACAUAAAAACCAAGGUUUAUAGAUCUGUAGUUUACAUUUGAGAUUGACUACCAUAUUUAUAUUGCUAAGAUUUGCAUAUCAAUAAUGUUGAAGCAGCACUGUUUAUCCUAAGUGAAUCCAUGGUUACUUUGAAGGAGAAAUGAGAGGUGAAGAGAAAGACAAGAUCUGAUUAUGAUUCAAGUUGCUGGGAGGAGCUGGAAGCUUUGAUAGAUUGCUACUACAAUAUGUUAAGGUGCUGCCUUCCCCCAGCUGUUUUUCAGUACCCAUCUGGUGCCUGUCACUGCCUCUGCAGCCAGGAGGGUAGCAUGGUGUGACCAGCAAAUCCCCUCCCUUUCACCCACUUCACCCUCCUACCAACCAUGCUACUCUAUGAUUGGUCAAGAGGUGAGUGUGUUUGUAUACGGAUCUCCAUUAUCUUUCAUUCACCCUCCCCCACCCUCUCCCUGUUCCCUUCUGAUUGGCACAAAUGGUGCCUCUAAUGUCUCUUCCUUGCUGAAAUAAUUUCAGACUGAUGUUUUAGGUGCUGUACUGUUUGCUCAGAUGACGAGCAAAAGGGAUACAAAAUAGGCCACCGGGCUUCUCUAUUUGAAUCCAUGUUGUGAAGUGUUCUCUUUGGUGCCAUUAGAUUCUGAACAAUGCAUGACUGGAUAAAGCACUGUAUCAAAACUGCAUGGGACAGGCUGUAGAUUGACAACUGGGAUCUUUGUACAUCUGAGACAGUCCUGGCAGCUUGUUAAGAACAAGCAUAAAGUCCUCAUCCAAACAAUGCAAGGUGGAGGAGCUUUACUGAGAUAAUAAAGCAAUGGAAAAUGUCCCAUCCUGAGACUGAUAUCACCUUAUGGUUUGCAUCCUUACCUUUCAGCAAAGUCUACGUCCAACAUUACUGUCAGCAAAGGUUCCAAGCCUCCAAUACAUACCUUCUGUGAGAAGGGGGUUGAAUAAAAUCCAGCACCUUCACUUUUAAGCUGACACUAGGGAAUCCUCUUCAGAUUAUGCAUGAGUGUUUCAAUGGAAAAGUCGAUACCUUUUAGCCAAGUCUGGAUUGAACAGGACAGUGGCAGGACUGAUUCGUCCCUUAAAACAGAAGCCCACCUAGUUGGACAGGCUAUUGAGAUAUCUGGUUCUCUAACUAUUACAACAAGCGAAUUGAGCCAUAUUGAAAUGAAGUAAACCACAUCUUGGGACAAUGCUGUUUACCUCUACCUCCAAUGAAAACUGGUGAAAUGAACUUUUGCCUUCUCACAAGCUCAGAGGCUAUUCCUAUUAAUGUUAUUUUAAAUUGCUUUUGAAUUCCAUUUUAGUGGGUGUGAUUUCACUUACACCUUGCAUUGAGAAUCUAUACGUUAAUCGUGUAAGCCCCUCACCUCCAAUAACAAGCUAAAAGCUGCAAAUGGAUCUGGUAGUUUUUGGGGAAAAAAAAGAGGUUGAGUUGCAGGUAUGCUGUAGAGGUUGUGAAAGUCUGCUACCUGAAAGUGUGACACCAUUAUCUCAAUGCUAGAUCUAACUAAUUUUUUUUUUAUCUGGACCUCAGAAUACCCAGCAACACCCCCAAGUCUCAUUCUAAGUGUCAGCUAGACCACCUGUUGAACUCCGAGGCAACUUGGUCAUGCUUUGCAUUGGAUCCAGUGGGAUUGAUGGUAUACCCGGCUCCCUUGACUUGUACUUUAAGACUUAUUUAGGUAGGCUAAUAUUGGGGUGUUGUUCCCACCAUGAUAAGACUGGAAUUAGGGACAAAACCCACAAACUCUGGUGGAUUGUGCAAGAAUUAUCAGUGUUGCCUUACCUUGGAACACUUAGAUCAUGUGCUCACUGAAAACUGCCACCAGGGUCUGAACAGAACAGUAAAUAUUAUGACAUGUAUGCAAUAUGAAGGGAGUGCCAUUUUUAAGUUGAGUUUAUUCUCGUUAGUACAGAAAAACUCAAUUGUGAUUAUGCCUUUCUCUAAUUCUACUUUGUAAUAUUCAAUGAUAGAAAAUGUGCAGAAAACCUAGCUUACUGAAACCACACAAAAGAAUAGUUUGCAUUUUCAGUGGUGCAAAGAUAUGUCCAGUGCUGUGUUAAUCAUGCUCUUCCCAUAUACUUGUAUAACCUGCUUAAUUAUGCAAGUAGCCAAAGCUCCUUAUUUUCUAUGUAAAUUUGAAUUGCUUAAAGGAAUAUAUUUACAUACAUUAAUUAUUUGCAUAAAAUGUUAGCUCUUGGGUGCACCCAUCUGCUCGUUUGCAUAUUCCACCACUAACCAGCACCAAUCAGAAUCCACAUUGAACUGACGGGGUAGCAGAACACACCCUUCUUGUGAGAUUAAAGACACAAAAUGCCAAAAACGUAGAAAUAAAAUAAUAUCAGAAAUAAA